CGUGUAGCUUACACAUAAAGGUUUAUAAAAAUGUGAUAAUGUGUAAUACUUAAUUCAAAAUUAAGAGACAGAUUGGCGUUUAGAUAACAAGAUCAGUGCAUAGUAACUGUUUACAGUAAUGGAGGUUUUGGAGAAUGUAAAAUAGUUGUGAUGUGAGUGCUAGCAGAACCACCUGAACUCGAUAAAGGCCAAGAUCGCGCUGUGCGUAACAUAGUACUACGUUCCACGUUCGGACAUUGGAUGUAGCAUAUCGUCUGCAUCUCAUUCAUAUCAGUAAGGAUCUCUGUGCUUGGAUUAAGGAUGAGCCAACUUGUAGACCAUAUCAAGAUGGAUUGCAGUAUUACAAAGAUGCUCCUCCUCAUCUGCGUUAUGACACCAAUGAUCGUGGCACAAGUUGAAAUGGAUUACGCGCUUGGUGACGCUUACGAAAGUAGGGUUUCUCUCCGUACUAUAGAACUAAAUCAAACAGAGGAAGAAAUAUUAGUGUAUGAACCUGAUGAAGUUUCCAUAGCACCCGUAUCACAAGACGUCAUCACUCCAGCUUACCACCCAGUUUCUGCAAUUCCCCCAGAGGAACAGAGUUACCUGGCAACGGAUAGCCCCCUGGGGGCAACAAGAAGCAUCAAAGUUCAGUCAGAUAACACUGGCCUACCAGUAGAGACAUCUAUACAAAUCGACACUAGUGAAUCUCGUAGUGAUGUCGUGGAUCCUGUAGCUAUAGCAACCAGCUCAGUUGAAGAGGUUUCCAUGGCAACCGACUCAGUUGAAGAGGUUUCCAUGACAAUGGUUGAUAAAGUCAGAUUUGAGUUGACGUCUAUUUAUAGGGAUAUAGACCCAACUUCCGUAUCAACUAAUUUUGAAGUUGUUCCUACUGCCAUGAACCAAGUAGAACAUGAUUUUACAAACUCAAAUAAUCUUACAAAUACAAGUGAAGUGAUGGACACGACAAACUCUGGUGUAGUAACAAACACUAGCACUAAUUAUGAUACUGCAGAAACAAACACCAGCACUAACUAUACUGUAGUAACAAACACCAGUGGUAUUGUCACAAGCACUACAGACGUAAUAAACACUAGUAAAGUAACGAUAAGCGAAAGUGCUAUAACAAACAUAAGUGAAGUAACAAACACUAGUGACUAUGUAACAAACACUACUUAUGUAACAAACACUAUUGCCACCGCAAGUGAAAUGACAAAUACUAGUUAUUUAACAAAUACUAGUGCUAUGACAAACACUAGUAAUUUAACAAACAUUACUGGUGCCGUAAUUAGUGAUAACACAACACCAUCACUGCAGGGUUCUAUUGAUAUAAGUGAGACAUAUGCACUACAAUCUACCCCUGUUUUGCUGGUUGACAGUACAUCUGAGCUGUUGGACUCAAUGAUAACCGCAACAAUGGUUCUUAAUACUCAAUCUAUCAAUUCUGAAUACUUGAAAAGUUCAGCAUUGUCGAGAUUUAUAAAAUCGACAGAGGAGUAUAUGCCCCUGUUUGGAAACGUGACGCCAUCUUGGCUGUUUCCCGUUAUUCCACCUUCGCCUCCCCCUUUAACUGUGUCCAAGACAACAAUAGUUACUAUGGCAACGUCUUAUGAUAUUGGGACAAAUGAAAGUGAAUUAGACAGUGGAAACUCAAGUGACGUCUUCAACAACUAUUCUGCAACUGUUGAAAUUCUCGGGACUCAGUUAUUGGAUACUAUGGUAACAGCAUCUGUUCACCCAAUCAGUGACAUUAUUUCAUCAAGUGCUAUGACAACUGCGUCAGUUACCAUGACAACGGUGCCCCCAUUAAAGGAUUUGCUAAUGAUACUUACAUUUAGUGGAAAUUGUACUGCAUUGCAAGAAUCAACCGAAACAAGUUACCAUUUUAAGAAAAUCUUAGUUGGACUUCUAUCACAAAUGUUGGAUAUUGACAUCAACCAAAUCACAGUACCUGAUUUAAAAUGCGGAUCUGUUGAUGCCACCGUCUUAAUAAAAACAAAAGACCCGGAGAGAAUAAUUAAAAAUGUCGGGAGUAUAAUUGAUGACAAAAGAUUAUACAUUGACAUAAAUACUGGACAUUACAUGUGUGGAAAAAUGACUGUGAUUCCACUCGGAGGGAAGAAACCAUUUGAACCUGCUCCAGUCGAGAAAGUUGAAACCGGAUUCAAUAGUCUGUCACAUACCGAUCGUGUCAUUAUCAUCUCCACCACAAUCAUCAUAGCGUCGCUAUGCAUCAUGGGAGCAGUAAUGUGCUUCAGGGAGUGUCACGCACGACGAAAAUCCCAAUCGUUUGAUCUCGGUGAAACACCUGCUGUGUGUAAACCGACUGAUGAAUUUUCAUUGAAGAAAAUGAACCGCCCCCCUACAAUUUAUAACGACGAUGGGUCGGUGUCGCCCGUUAUACACGAGAUUCCUAACAUUAUCCCAAUGUCUGAGGUCCAGGACUUCCCUGACGUCCCAUAUUAUGGAAAAUAUCUUAAAUCUAGUGAUGUGGUGGUUCAUGAUCUAACUGACCAAUCACCAGAUAGAAAUGCAGAUUCAGCAAAUUCCAGAUUUAAUGACAGACCAAAUGAAAUGCAGAGAUAUUCAACAGAGAACCUAAUCUCACCGAGAAUAGAGACAUCAAAUGGUGUUGAUAAUCCGAUUUUUGUAGAUGACGAAGACAAGUUGUGAAUAGUGAGAUGACACGGCCUUUUAUACAUUUAUAAUCAAUAUAAAAAUACUCAUGACCAGUUUUAUAGUUUUGGGAUAAGUGUAAAUUAUCAAGGAAAGUAAGAACGAUGGAAUAGAGGACCCCUUAGUAUGUUAUACCUCCCAAAAAGAAAAGUUUGGAUUUAUGUUUGUUUAUGAUACAUGUAGUUUCAAUAAACUA